AUUAUAUGUCUGAUUGUAUAUAAAUAGUUGGUUUAGUAUUCAUUAGAGUUGUGACUUUUAAAACCUCAUAUUUAGAUACAGUACUGUAUUUUGGAAGUUAAAAAUAAAAUGGGAAUUGAUUUAUACGUAAACAAGUUCAGUACCCCAUCCCGGGCUGCCCUCAUGACUGUCCGGCAACUACAGGCGUCAGUGAAUAUCGCAAUUAACAUCAAAUACUUGGAUUUACCGGCAAAUGAACACAUGACACCUGAAUUCUUAAAGAUAAACCCGGCUCAUACAGUGCCCGCAAUCAGUGAUAAUGGAUUUAAUCUAUGGGAAAGCCGAGCCAUUUUGGCCUACCUGUGCAACCAAUACUCACCGGAAAGUAGUCUAUACCCUACAGAUCCUAAAACACGAGCUCUGGUCGACCGCUCCCUUAACUUCGACAACACAAUCAUGACUGCCUUUAGAGAAGUUUUGGCGGCCAAAUACUUCAGUGGAGUGGAUCCGCCCGAAGAUAAAGUGACCGCUUUUCACAACAAUUUGAAAGUUUUGGACGCUUUGAUCGGUCGCAGCAAAUAUCUGAUCGGAAAUCACUUAACAAUUGCUGACUUUUCAUUGGGGGCUAUAAUCGCAAACUAUCAUUGGUUUGACUUCUCGUUCAGUGGUUAUCCUAAUAUAGAGCGCUGGUAUUCAACGCUCAGAGAAUUGCCAUAUUUCGCCGAAAUCAACGAAUUUUCCAAAGAGGAAAGGGAUAUAGGAUGGUUUACAUCCAAACAAAACAAAUAAUUUUUUAAUUCAUUUGUUUAUUUUCAAACUCUAUUAAUGUAAACUUAUUACUGAAAUUUCACAAUUUGUAUGAGUCUUAUAUUUACGACACAAUAAAAUUUUCAGAUUCAAAA